CUCAGCCCAGCAGAGCCGCGCUGGGCAGCGGAGGCGAACAGGACCCGGUACCACCCGCUGCCGGGACACGGCGGCCGCGCACCGGCUCGCCAACCGGACUCAACUAGAAAAAGCGAUUUCGAUCACCGCACCAUCGCUCUGCUGCCGGUCGCCGCAUACCGUGGAGGACUGCGCGGGCCAUCCCCGACACAGAGGCUGUCCGCCGCCCCGCCAUGGAGACCGCAAGGCAAGUGCUCUGUCUCUGUGUUUUCCUCUCCCUGCCGCACGCUCGCGCCGAGCCCAUCCGCUACUCCGUAGCCGAGGAGAGCGAGAGCGGCUCCGUGGUAGCCAACGUGGCGGAGGACGCGGGGCUGGCCCCGGCGCAGCUCUCGGCUCGCCGCGCCCGCCUGCUCUCGGAGGACGGCCGGCAGCACUUUCGCUUAGACCCGGGCAGCGGCCGCCUCGUCGUGGCCGAGAGGCUGGACCGCGAGGAGCUGUGCGGGCAGUCCGCUACCUGCACGCUGCCCUUCGAGCUCCUGCUGGCAAACCCCGUGCAGUUCUUUCGGGUGGGGGUGGCCGUGGAGGACAUCAAUGACCACGCGCCCGUUUUUCCGGAGGAGCGGGUCACUCUUAAGAUACUGGAAACAAGCAACCCUGGCUCUCGUUUCCCUUUGGAGGGGGCUCAGGACCUUGAUGUUGGCAGCAACAGCAUUCAGGCUUACAGCAUCUCUCCCAAAAAUGAGUACUUCAGCAUUGACUUUGGAACUCAAACUGAGGAUGCCAAAUACAUUGAACUUGUUUUGGAAAAGCCACUCGACAGAGAGGAGCAGGCAGAGAUGUAUUUCAGUCUCAUUGCUGUGGAUGCAGGCUCGCCGCCAAGGAGUGGAACCACCCAAAUUCACAUUGUCGUUAUAGAUGUAAAUGACAACGCUCCCGUAUUCCCACAGAAGGUUUUCAUAGGAAAGGUUUUGGAAAAUGCACCAGAGGGCUCUGUGGUUCUCAGAGUAGUGGCAACUGAUCAGGAUGAGGGAGUUAAUGGGGACAUCUCCUAUCAGUUCAGCCAAGCAGGAGACCAGAGCUACUCAGCAUUCAUGGUAGACCCCAUGAGUGGUGAAAUUAAACUCACGAAGUCUCUGGACUUUGAGGCAGCAAAGAAUUAUGAGCUUAGAGUGCGGGCCACAGAUGGAGGGGGCCUCUCUGCAAUCUGCAGAGUGUUGGUGGAGGUGGUGGAUGUGAAUGACAAUGCACCAGAGGUGAUGAUCAGUUCCUUCACCAGCUCCAUCCCUGAGGACUCAUUGCCUGGGACUGUCGUUGCCCUGUUUACUGUCAGGGACCGAGAUGCUGGUGCCAAUGGGAAGAUCUCCUGUGCCCUUGAGGACCAGCUGUCAUUCUCCUUGCGGCCAGCCUAUAAGAAUUACUUUGAGCUGGUGACUGUGAGUGCACUGGACAGGGAGGAGAUAGCACGGUACAUCCUGACAGUCACAGCAGCAGACGCGGGAUCACCUCCUCUCACAACCACCCAGACCUUCACAGUAGACAUCUCUGAUGUGAAUGACAAUGCACCUGUGUUCAACCAGACAUCGUACACCAUGUAUGUACGUGAGAACAAUGUUCCCACAGUGCUUGUUGGGACUGUCGGUGCUUUAGAUGGAGAUGUGGGGCCUAAUGCCAAGGUGACCUAUUCCCUGGUGCUUGCCCACCCUACAGAGCAUCCUACCUGCUCCUGCAUCUCUGUGAACUCUGAGAAUGGAGAUGUGUUUGUGCUGCGGCCCCUGGACUAUGAGCAAGUGAAGCAGAUCGAGUUCUUGGUGCGCGCCUCCGAUGCGGGGUCACCUCCCCUCAGUGCCAAUGUCACCGUCCAUCUUGUUGUGGUGGAUGAAAAUGACAAUGCCCCACUGGUGCUGUACCCCUCGCAGGACAGCAGCUCUCCAUCCAGUGAGCUGGUGCCCGUUUCAGCUGAGGCAGGUUACCUCAUCACUAAAGUGGUGGCCGUUGAUGCUGACUCAGGGCAGAACUCAUGGCUCUCAUACCACUUGCUGAGGGCCACUGAUCCUGGACUGUUUGUGGUGGGUGCCCAAAGUGGGGAGGUGCGACUGAGGAGAUCAGUGACAGAGAGAGACACUGUGAAGCAGAAACUCGUAGUGCUAGUGCGAGACAGUGGGCAGCCACCACUGUCAGCCACUGCAGUACUGAGUGCACUCCUGCUCAGUGACUUAUCAGACGUGCGCCUAUCACACAGCAGCCUGACGACAGAGGAUGAGAGCAGCUCCCUGACAAUCUAUUUAAUAAUUUCCUUGGUCUUUGUCUCACUCCUCUUCCUCGUGUCCACAGCAGCCUUUGUCAUUCACAAGGUAUGCAAGAGAAAGGAGCUGAAGGAUGGGCAUGUGUUUUAUGGUGCCAACAACUUACAGAGCAGCCUGGCUGAUGCAGCUGCUGCAGGGACCCUGCCUCAUGCCUAUUGCUAUGAGAUCAGCCUCACGACGGGCUCUGGCAACAGUGAAUUCAAGUUCCUGAAGCCCAUCCUCCCCAGCCUGCCACCACAGCUCAAUGCUACAGGUGGGGGUACCAACAAUGAGCAAGAUUUCCCCUGUGGCACUCUCACUAAGGAGAACAUGGCACCAGACAACCAUGGGAUGCAUUCUGCAGAACAGUUCAAUAGUCUUUCCUUUAACUAGUAUGGUAUUGGCACAGAGAUUUAGUGUCUCAUGACUGCAAGGGAUCCGUGCUAAGAUAUGUGGUAAUGUGAACUCCUGAGUAAAUCUGUAUUUAGAGUUGGUAUCAGUGACUUCCCAUGAAGACAAAGUGACAGAAAAUACUGACUUCACCUAUCAAAAAAACCCAACCACCCAAACAAAAAACAAUGUACAAAUCCAACAAAAGAACCUUAAGCUCUCUCAUGCAGGGAUUUGCAUGUUUCUGCUCUGUUGAAGCCAUGUCUGAAUUGCUUUCAGAUUAGGAUUAGUGCCAGAACCCCAGGUAAAUUCUUGUCUCAGUUGCUGGCAGGCAACACUUUGGACCAAUUCCUUUGUGCUGUAACGCAGUAGCGUCGUGGGGUAGUCAAACCACAACUUCACUCAAAUGCAUAUGUCAGGAAAGCAAGGACAUUGUGAGUACUGUGUGACAAUGUAGUAUGAUCAUAGGGCUCUUUCUUCUCUGCAUGUGUCUGCCUGAGAUCUGUGGGCUCUGUAUUUUUUUCCUUCUGGUCACUGUGUCUGUCCAUACAGCUAUUGUUUGUCUGCUUGUGCUGCACAAGGGCUACAUAUGAAAGUAGGCAGAUGCUCCCAUCCAGCCACUGUAAUUCCAGCCCAGCAUGAAGAAAGAUACUUUGGGGUCUUUAGUAGAAAAAUCUCAUAGUCUCUAGGGGAGAGCAGCAGAAAAAUUUCUUUUUCCUUUGGAACUCCACACGGAUUUCCCUGUUUGGCCAUGCUGAUUUUCUGCCCCGCAUGCUUUACUUUUGGCACAGUGGAGUUGCCUUCUAGUAGUCUGUAGCCACACAGAGUUAUGAGAAUAUGUUCCUUAAGGAAGAUUGUAAGGAAACUCCACAAGUUGUUUUAAGGAACUUUUUCUGAAGCUAGCAUCAAGAUGAAAUCUAAAUAUGAGCUUUGAGUUUGGUAUCAUCAUUGUUGUUCCUGAAUUCAGAGGUUUCUUGAUGGGAGUGGAAAGCUGUUAUGCUAUAAUUUUCUAUAUUUUUCUCUUGGAGCAUUUGCAUUGUCCUUUAUGUCUUUUCUCCCUCUGCUCUGUGACUACAUUUGAAGAUUAUCUUGCCUCUUCCUCUUCAGGAGGAAUGUUACUCCCACAUGUAAUUAAGAAAAUACUGUUUAAAAGAAGGCAACAUGACAUGGGAUAUUGGAAAACCCUCAUGCUGUGUUGUGCUGCAGUUAUAAGCUUAGCUGUUGUAACAUGGAAGACCCUUGUGUGUAAGAGCAAA